CGAUGCUGCAGGAUAGCGUUUGCAAGAUGAUAGACCGGGGGGUUGACGACUCAUAGCCCUGUGAGAGGCCAGACUUUUCAAGGCGUCUAGCACAGAAGGAGUUACGUCUUGUCCACAUGGCCGCCCGCGGGAGCCAGGAACGCUUUUGAACAACAGCCGCCGGCUCAAAUAGAGUUUGGGUCCCGCCUUCGCUGCCUCCUUGUACUCGAUAGCGCCUUCGUGACGUGCCAUAUUGAUGUAGCUGGCCCUGCACCAUGCCCUUACCCUACCUCGAGGCUGCCCGCGAGCGUGAUCUGCACAGAUACUACCGCCCAUGGCUCGAUGCACAAACCCUUCUCGAUGCUGCUGGCGGCUCGAAAAGCCUCACCUACGCAGGCUAUCGGCCCCAGACCUCAAAGGACAGGAGCUUGACUGCUUUCGCCCAGCUCGCUGCCCUCCGUCUAGACGCUCGACGCGCCAUGGUGUCCCUGAUUGACUCCCACCGACAAUACAUCCUGGCUGAGGCGACCCGAACCCUGUCUCUCUUCUCCCCCACCGCCGAACUACCAGAGGAUCAAGUCUGGCUUGGAAAUGCCAUUCUGAACAAGGCCGACGCCAUCUGCUUUCAUACCUUCAAAUCAACAUAUACCGCAAAGGAAGAUAAUGGAGAAACACUUACUGCUGAAUGUAUGGUUGUGCCUGAUUGCAGGUCGGACCCUAGAUUUUCCGACAAAGAUUAUGUCAAGAGUGAGCCUGGUAUUCGCUUCUAUGCUGGAGUGCCUAUCAUUACGAGGGCAGGACACCGAAUCGGCGUCUAUGCCGUCUCCGAUGAGAGACCACGUGAAAGCAUCAGUGCUGCCGACUUGCGCUUCAUGCAAGACGUAGCCUCUGCUGUGAUGGAACAUCUCGAACUCGCCAAGAACAGCCUCGACCGUAGCAAGGGCGAGCGCAUGGUCCGCGGCCUAACUCAGUUUAUUGAGCAUUCUUCUUCCCAGGACAUACGCGAAGAUUCUGGCGUUAGGCCCACGACUAUGGAGAGACAGACUGAGAAUGCACGUCUUGAGACACUAGAGGAUGGAGAGAAUCCGGCCGUCACAGUGCUUGAAGCCGCAAAUAGACAAGCUUUGCGUAAACGUGAUGCCGAGUCAGAUACAGCUCGCAUUUUCCAGCGAGCAGCACGCAUCAUGCGCCAGAGUACUGAGGCCGACGGUGUCGUAUUCUUUGAUACCUCUACAGCUAGCAUCAAAGUCCAUCUCCACGACGCCAGCCGUGAAGCGGCUAGCAGCGAUGAAAACAAUACUACUGACUUCGACACCGGCGACUCCACCACUACUUCACGGAGGAAGAAAAAACAGGACACUAAUUUUGCCGAAGGUGCAAACGAUCAUUCGACCACAAACAGCAAGCCUUGCCCUGUAGCUGGCCUCUCGUUACGUGAGGGCAAUGCAGCGUUGGUGCAUACUGACUUUGCCUUUACCGAUACGGCUAUGGAGCGGUAUAUUCAUCGCUAUCCACAUGGCAAGUUUUUCAACUAUAAUGAAGAAGGCGUCGGGGUCAACAGUUCUGAUGAGAAGUCUGAGCGGUCUGAAACCGAUCAAUCAGACCACACCUUAUCCGCAACAACAACAACAAGUGGCGCAAGAAAACAAAAGAAAAAGAGAGAAAAGUUCAUCCCUACCGAGUUUCUCAGGGUGUUACCCAACGUGCGAACGCUCAUCUUCUUACCUCUCUGGGAUCCUGCUUCCGAACGAUGGGUUGCAGGAGGUUUUAUUUGGACAACACAAGCCGGAAGACUGAUGAGCCCAGAGAACGAACUUCCCUACCUCCAAGCCUUUGGGAACAGUAUUACCAGCGAAGUGGCACGUCUAAGCGCACAGAAAGCUGAUCGUGCCAAGACAACCUUUAUCGCGUCUAUAUCCCAUGAGCUGCGCUCUCCCCUCCAUGGUAUUCUCGGUUCUGUCGAGUUCCUUCGCGAAACAGUAGCCUCGGCUUAUCAAGAGUCCCUCGUAUCUUCUAUCGAAAUCUGUGGAAAGACAUUGCUCGACACUAUCGAUCAUGUUCUUGAUUACGCGAAAAUCAACAAACUGCGAAGCGCAGCAUCAAGGCGGAAAAAUCGCGUUGAAGGCCGGUCAAGAAAAUUACCGGCUGACAACUCCAUACUUGGCGUUACAGCCGAGUUCGAUUUGGCGCAAUUGGUUGAGGAGGUUUGCGACACAGUCUGCACUGGCCAUACCUUCCGGAAAACCCAUAACAUCAGCGGGUCCGCAAUUUACGAUCAGGCUGAAAGCGUGGACGCCAACAGCACAAAAGGCGACAUGAACCAUGCCACCAUUGAGGCAGGCAGGGACACUCACGGGUCAGUAGCGGUAUCGCUCAUUGUGGAACCGGAUGUUAGCUGGAUCGUCCGCUCGCAGCCUGGGGCUCUUCGGCGAAUCGUCAUGAACCUCCUCGGAAAUGCGCUAAAAUACACUGACUCGGGCUUCAUUGCCAUCAAGAUGCUACAGUCGAGCAGUACCCCCGGCUCUAUCGAUUUGUCCCUGACUGUCGAGGACAGUGGUCGUGGAAUGUCUGGUGAAUACCAGAGAACUAAGCUUUUCUCUCCAUUCAGCCAAGAAGACCCUUUCAGUUCUGGCACUGGACUCGGUCUCAGCAUUGUCAAACAGAUAGUUGAAAGCUUGAAGGGGGAGAUUGACGUGCGAAGCACAGUCCACAUCGGUACCGCCAUCAAAAUCUCGAUGCGAUUGCCGACUGUACGGAACGACAAUGCUCAAGAUCACGAUCUUCUCCGCGCUCCCAAGACGCUCAAAGGCGCAACCGUUAGUAUCAUUGGCGAGCCAGACACCCGCGGUGGUGCGCGUGGUGUCAAAACCAAAGAGUCGAUGUUCAAUGCAUGUCAAGGUUUUAAGAUGAAGAUUUCGAAAGACUCUGAUGCGGAUGCAUCGAUCGCUGGUGUCGAUUUUCUACUCACAGACUCGCCAUCUCUUGAUCAGCUGACCCUCAAACCGAGUGCAAAUCGAGUCAACAAAUUACCGCUGUCUGUGGUUUGUAUCUGUACGGAUACUGCAGAAAGGACAGCGAUAGAAAAUCGGCUUGGACGGCAGAUCGAAGCGCUAGGUUGGAUAGCGGAGAUUGUUGCGCAACCCUGCGGACCACGCAAACUUGCCCGAGCGCUUCUACAAUGCCAAAAGCGAGCCUCACAGGACAACAGCGAGAGGCCACUUUCGCGUUCAAUGAGCACUUUCGUAGUUCAGCAACACCGACCUCUCGCUGUGCCCAACACCCUAGUGCAGCGGAGCUUGAGCGAUGCAUUCCCACAAGACCUUUCGAAACAAACUAUGAUUAGUAGCGGAGUUCAAGACUCGCCACUACCACGGCCAUUCCCCUCCAUCAUCACUCCCACAAGCCCGCUACGAACCGAACGCGGGGAGUACUUCAACCCGCGUGUCCUCCUUGUCGACGAUAACGCGAUAAACCUUAAGCUCCUCGUGGUCUUCGCCAAGCGUCAGAGUCUGCGCUAUGCCGAAGCUACGAAUGGUCUCGAAGCCUUGGAAACAUACAAACGGGAAGCACAGGCUACAUCCACGCCUACCCGCCCCUUUGAUUUCGUAUUGAUGGACCUCAGUAUGCCUAUUAUGGAUGGGCUUACGAGUACACAUCAGAUCAGGCAAUUCGAGACUAAGAAUGGACUGCCCAAGAGCCACAUUGUGGCAUUGACAGGGCUCGCCAGCGGACAAGAUCAAAAGGAUGCGUACGAGGCGGGUGUAGACACAUAUUUGGUCAAGCCAGUUAAGUUUGCGGAUAUCAAGAGGAUAUUUGGGGGGAAGUAAAGGCCGUAACGAGCCAGUUUAUGUGUUCAACCUUGCGGUUGGCAUUGCGAUAGGCGUUAGUGGGUUGGUCAUGCAUUCUCGGGCGAACUCUUACUACUAGCAUGAUAAAUGCGCUACCGGGUUUCUCAUGAUGUUUGACUUAAGGGCUGUCUUGUGUGCGGUAAAGCCUUGUUUCGUACUGCUUGUUAUGACAUGCUUAGAGGGACUUGGUUACUCUGCAACGGGUACUAGAAUAUGUUUUACACAUAUUAGAGGCUGGUAAGGGAAGGAAAAGUCUGCAUUUGGAGUGCGUCAAAUUACUCGUUAGUGUGGUUGUAUUAUACCGCCCAGAAUCUGUGCCUCGUUCCAAAGCAUUAUAACUGCGGA